GCCAACCACUUGAGUCCCCCACUUUCCUUCUGUACCGGUCACUAUUCACGGAGAGAUUGCUUAGAAUAAGGAAGGUCACUCACGUCCAUAGCUGCAAGCAGACGUCUGAUUGCUUUCUAUCUCAAAAAGGGAGCAACAUCUGAAUCCAGACAGGACAAUGUUAUCUCAACGUGCCCUUGAGAAGGAGAGGAGAGAGCAGGCUUCUGCCAUAUUUAAUGAAAUCCAAUCUAUUGAAUCGGACAGUCUUGACUUUGGAAAAAAGAUAAGUGUCCCCAGGGACAUCAUGCUAGAGGAAUUGUCACUCUUCAACAAUCGGGGUGCCAGGCUCUUUAAAAUGCGACAGAGGAGAUCUGACAAGUAUACAUAUGAAAAUUUUCCAUAUGAAAUGAAACCACAGACCAUACAAAACCAGAUACAGCAACAACAAACCCAAAAACAUCAGAACGAGAAUUCAGAAGGCACUACAGUGAAUCCUGCCCAGCAAAUCUCUCCACAGACCCCUCCAAAUACACCAGACCCUCGAAGCCCUCCCAACCCUGAAAGCAUUGCACCGGGUUAUACAGGCCCUCUUAAGGAAAUCCCACCUGAGAAGUUCAAUGAAACUGCUGUCCCUAAAUACUACAUGUCUCCAUGGCAAGAAGCAAUUGUGAAUGAUCCAGAUCUUCUGGAGAGCUUGUACCCUAAAAUGCCCAAUCCUGGCGAAAUGGCAGAAACUCCUGAUUUCAGAAGCUUCAAUAGAGCCGCCACCCCAUUUGGGGGAUUUGAAAAUGCAUCCAGAUUUAAGGUUCCGGAAUAUGAUCUAUUUGCAAUGAGCGAUCCAACUUUUGACAUGCCCAACCCUCUCAGUACAAGAAGGUCUUUUAACAGAACGGCCCAAGGAUGGACAUCUGAUCAAGUUCCUAUUAUACUGUAUUCUGACCUAUUCAAUCCUGACGUCCCAGAGACUGAUGAUCUGUGAAUCACAUACAUGUAUUUAGAGUAAAUAUGCCAUGGAGAGUAUAUGUACCUUCCCCUGUAUAUUAAUGUCAUGCCUACACUUGUCACAGCCCUUCGUCUGUGUGGGUCUGGGAUAUGAGUAGGUAAGAGUUAGCUCAACCAUUCUUCUGCACUUCAAAUAUAUCAUGCCCCUUUCUGAGCUAGCUACCACUUAUCCAAUCUGACUUUAGGGAAUUUUCCAAAAAAAAAACCAGUAUGAUUAAAAUGUUUUUGUUUCUUUUUGUCAAAAAAUUAACUCUGCUGGAAAUUGUCACUGAAAACCUUUACAUAGAUUCAUAUUUAGAUAAGCUUUUUUUUUAAUUCUGUUUAACAUACUUUGCUAAGUAAAGAAGCAGAAUUUUGGCAAAUGGUUGGCAAUAUUAUGUUUGCCAUAUUCAGUUAUGGUGACCCAAAAGUAACCGAAAAACCGUCACAUUCGUGAUUCCCAUUAAGGAUGCAAUGAUCUGUCCAUUAAUGAACUAUCUGACACCAUAGCCCCUAACCUAUGCUAUGUUUCAAUAGCUGCCUUGAACAGCAUACAUAUGGUAAGGGAGUCUAUUUAUAAAGUGAACACAGAGAUUAAAGCAUACACUGAAUUUCUCACUUGUGUGUAUCUGCCCAGAAUCCCUGGCUGCAGUGUAAGCAUGGUAUGGUAUGUGAUUCCAUAGAAACGCUGUCUGCUGAUAUGUAGCUGUGCUCAACAACGCUCUAGUGAUUUGAAUAUUCUACCUAGGCACACAAAAGCUUAUACAUUGUUAAACUAAUAACACAAGAGUUGAAACACAGAUUUCUAUCUUCACUGAUGUAACUGUACUUUAGAACACAGAUGAUCCUUAAGGGAGGUGUAAAUUAUACACAAUUUAUGUACCAAUAAUAAUCCAAAUAGUUUGUUAUAAAUGCUUUCACAACACUUACCUUUCAUAUCCUGGGGUCAAAGUGUGUCAGGAACCUAAACGUACAGAGCUGAGUAUCAACAAAUGGACUAAACAUACAGAACUGAGCAUCAAAAAAAUAGACUAAAUAUACAGAACUGAGUAUCAACAAAUAAACAUUCGGUUCUCAGAGUGGCCAGAAUAACGGUGGACAGUGUCAGCGAGAAUAGCCAACGUCAAGGACAGGAUACAGAGAUCAGAAGAAACGUAUUACAAGUCCGUAUUAGGUACUAGAAAAAUUAUACACAAGGGAUGAGCUCUUGGGCUACUAGAAUCACAACAGGGCAACAUGGAGUGGGAGAGCUCUUGGGCUACUAGAAUCACAACAGGGCAACAUGGAGUAGGCAGUACUUAAUUCCUAUUUAUUCAGACCCGAAUUCGGUCCAGCGAAUUUGCCGUUUGGAUCCAAAUUUGGUCGCCUAUAAGAACACGUUGUGUGUGAGCGUAAGCAUCAAAUAGAAUGCGAAGGGGGUGUGGAAGGUAAGAGGCUAGCGAUCCUGACAUCGUGGGUCUGGCCUUCCUAGGACUCUGAUGCCUUAUUAUAGAACAUAUUAAACUGUAAAACUGUGAAUUUACUCUCAGCACUGUCAAUUCUGAUAUAUGAUCGCCAUUAAUUGUCUAGAGUAGUGUUUUCCAAACCAGACCUCAAGGCCCCUCUACCAGUCCGGAUUUGGGGGUUACCCAGUUGUGUCUAAGGUGUUUUUUAGAGGAAAAAAAAUCACCUUGACACAAUUGGUUAAUCCCCAAAUCCUGGACUGGUACAGGGCCUUGAGGACUGGUUUGGAAGACACUGGUUUAGAGUAAUUGGCAAGGUAACACUGCAGGGAUAUUUGUUAAAGGCUAGCAAUGUGUGUCAUGUGGACAAUUGUACCCCCUAUGUGUAUAAUCUAUCAAUAUGUGCUUCUGUCUAUGUACAGUUACAAUAUACAACAUUGUUGCAAAGAUGAUUUUAGCAUUGUAAUGAUACAUUCUCUGUAAUUCAAACUGGCAUCAGGCAACACAUUAGACUGCUUAGCAUAUUGUAUGUAGCUACAAUGAGAUGUCCAGUGUGUAAAAUGUGUGAUUAAUGUUUGUGUGACUCCAAUAGAAAUAAAACAACUCUGAUCUCUU